AUGGCUGGGCCGGCGGUGGCGCUCUUGACGCGCUCAGAGGCAGCACUCCUCCUGGCAACACAGAAGCAGGAAAGAGAGGCCGUCCAGUCCCUGCACACUCUGAACGACCAGAUCUCGGACUUCGUGGUGGACAAGGCCAAGGUGCUCAGCGAAGACGAGGGCCAGGCCUUCCUCCCCGAUGAGAAGGACACCCUCCAGAACUCCAUGUCGCUCAUGAGGGACCUCUUGACCGACGCCCAGGCCAAGAUCCUGCGCAUGAUGGAGGGCAACCAGCAGCUGGCUCUGCGCAUGGACUGCGCCUUGCAGGCGGCCGGGCAGGAGGUCAGCGCCCUCAGGGCCGAGCUCAGCGCCACCAGCAGGAGACUGGCCGAGAUCAGCACCACCACCAGCACCACCAACGCCUCCCCUCCCUUGGAGACUGGCAGCAGCAACCCAGACAUGGCUGACAACCAGGGGCAGACCCAGGCACAGGCACAGCAGCAGCCCAGCCUACAAGGUAAGGCCAAUAAUGGGACUCCUCCAGAGGAGAGGGAGGAGGGAGGGAUUGGGCCCUCUAUCAUUCUCAUUGAAUGUCACUUACUCAUGAGUAAGCCCACCCAAAAGAAUGGGGAUCGGGGCCUCCAUUGGGCAUCUAUUAGUAUUGAUUGA